GUCGAUUGGUCGGGGCUGUGUGUCCGUGCGGGAGUCGGCUUUUUCGGCAUCGCCUCGGCUGUUUUGCAUGUCAAAGUCGUUCAUGCAGUGAUGUCGACGACGGACGGAAAAUUGGAGUAGCAGCGACAUGGCUGCUGAUGACAAGUCCUCGUCUUCAUCCUCAACGGAUUGGAGUGUCGAACCGCCUGUCAUCUCACCUGCCAGCCCUUCGCACCUGACUCACUUCAAGCCACUGACGCCGGAGCAGGAUGAGCCACCUCUCCGCUCCGCGUACAGCUCAUUUGUCAACCUGUUUCGCUUCAACAACAAAGAGGAGGGACGGCCUCCCUUAGUGGUUUCAGAGAAACAAGAUGCGCCGUCCCCUUCCCCACAAACAGAGAGGAGAAGCUGGUCCACCAGUCCUUCCCACUCCAUCCACAGCACAGGGACACACCGGAAACAGCACCCAGACCUCCUGCGGCGAACCUCCACUGCCUCUGAGGGCCGAAGGAAAUCAGAGACGCCUCUGGGCAGUCAUGACCCUCGCACAGCUGUACAGCUCCGUACUGCCCUGAAGAGGCUGAAGGAGAUCAUGGAGGGCAAGAGCCAGGACAGCGAUCUGAAACAGUACUGGAUGCCAGACAGCCAGUGUAAGGAGUGCUACGACUGCAAUGAGAAGUUCACCACCUUCCGUCGUCGGCACCACUGCCGUUUAUGUGGCCAGAUCUUCUGCAGCCGCUGCUGCAACCAGGAAAUUCCUGGGAAGUUCAUGGGCUACACGGGAGACUUGCGGGCCUGUACCUACUGUCGUAAGAUAGCGUUAAGUUAUGCUCACUCUGCUGACUCGGGUUCCAUCGGCGAGGACCUGAGUGCCCUGUCGGACUCUCCCUGCUCUGUGUGUGUGUUGGAGCCCAGCGAGCCACGCACACCCGUUGGUGGGCGCAAGGCCAGCAGAAACAUCUUCCUCGAGGAAGACCUGACCUGGCAGAGAAAAACUCCCAUUGGGAUGAGAAAGAAUUUGAUUCACCAGGAUUCUCAGAACAGUGGCCUCAGUUCCAGACUGACAACACUGCAAGAAGACGUAGGCAAAUCACCUGCUAGGAAGAGGUCUGCUAGUGUGACCAACAUGUCCCUAGACCGGUCUGGAUCCUCCAUGGUGCCUUCGUAUGACAGCUCAGUCAGCCCACAAACCAGCCGAGCCAUGUCGGGCACCAAGCCUGGAACCAAGCAGGACCACAGUGAGGAGGAGAGGAAGAUCCUACUGGACUCGUCCCAGCUGAAGGACCUGUGGAAAAAGAUCUGCCACAACAGCACAGGGAUGGAGUUCCAGGACCACAGGUACUGGCUUAGGACCUACCCCAACUGCAUUGUGGGAAAGGAGCUGGUCAACUGGCUGUUGAGGAAUGGCACUAUUUCUACAAGGGCCCAGGCUAUUGCCAUUGGCCAGGCGCUAGUGGAUGGUCGCUGGCUUGACUGUGUCACCCACCACGACCAGCUUUUCAGAGAUGAAUACGCUCUCUAUCGCCCCCUACAGAGCACAGAGUUCUCAGAGACGCCGUCUCCAGACAGUGACAGUGUCAACUCUCUGGAGGGACACUCAGAGCCCUCCUGGUUCAAGGACAUCAAGUUUGACGACAGUGACACAGAACAGCUUGCAGAUGAGAAUGAUUACACCAUGCCUAACUCAGCCAGUCCCAGCAAGAGGACAUCAGUCAGCAGUUUCCAGUCAGCAGUGGACAGCGACUCAGCUGCCUCCAUCAACCUCAACAUGGAGCAAGACAACGUCAACUUCCACAUCAAGAAACAGUCAAAGUAUCCACAUGUACCUCCUCCUGCUGAGCAGAAAGCUGAAUUUCAUGUGUCUGAGGAUGGAGGGCAGAGCAUCUCUAUCAGUGAUGCCUUCAUUAAGGAGUCUUUGUUUAAUCGUCGUGUGGAGGAGAAGGCAAAAGAGAUGCUCUUUACUCCUUUGGGUUGGCACCACAGUUCUCUGGACCAGCUGCGAGAGGAGAACGGAGAGAAGGCGGCCAUGGAGAGGCUGCUCUCUGCCAACCACAGCCACAUGAUGGCGCUUCUGCAGCAGCUGCUCUACAGUGAGUCUCUGUCACUGUCGUGGCGGGACAUCAUUGUUCCUGUGGUACGCCAAGUCGUUCAAACAGUGCGGCCUGAUGUUCGCAGCUGCGAUGAUGACAUGGACAUCCGUCAGCUAGUCCACAUUAAGAAGAUUCCAGGAGGAAAAAAGUUUGAUUCUACUGUUGUGAACGGUUUUGUAUGCACCAAGAACAUCGCCCACAAGAAGAUGAAUUCCUACAUUAAGAACCCCAAGAUCCUCCUACUGAAGUGCUCCAUUGAGUAUCUUUACAGGGAAGAGACCAAGUUUACCUGCAUUGACCCAAUUGUGCUACAGGAACGAGAGUUUUUGAAGAACUAUGUGCAGCGUAUAGUUGAUGUCCGGCCCAACCUGGUCCUAGUGGAGAAGACGGUGUCUCGUAUUGCUCAGGACAUGCUGCUAGAGCACGGCAUCACACUGGUCAUCAAUGUCAAACCUCAAGUUCUGGACAGGGUGAGUCGUAUGACCCAGGGUGACCUGGUGAUGUCUAUGGACCAGCUCCUUACGAAGCCUCGAUUGGGAACCUGCCACAAGUUCUACCUGCAGCCCUUCACGCUGGCCUGUAAUGAGACAAAGACUCUGAUGUUCUUCGAGGGAUGUCCCCCUCAGCUGGGCUGCACCAUCAAGCUGCGUGGUGCAUCGGAGUAUGAGCUGGCCAGGGUGAAGGAGAUCAUUAUGCUGAUGGUGUGUGUGGCCUACCACUCCCAACUGGAGAUCUCUUUCCUCAUGGACGAGUUUGCCAUGCCCCCCAGCCUGGCCCAGAGCACGUCCUUCCCCUGCCUGCUGGAGGGCACUGUUGUUGAGGAGGAGGCAAAUGGAGAGUGGAAAGGGAAAGAGAGAGAUGGAGAGAACCAAGAGAAAACUAUUGUUCCUGAGCCUGGUGUGGAGGAUUCUGCUCUGGGAGGAGAGGUGACAGUAGAGCGAGAAGAGGAAGACAGGCCUUACUCAGAGUCUUCAUCCAAGAAUGAAGAGACAGACAGUACCCAAGUCCAAGUGAACCCAAAGUUGUCUUCCCUCCCAGUCCAAGGGGAGGAGGCCGGAGACACAGAGGCCAUGACCUCCACACCAGUUUCCACCCCCCCUGCACCUUCUCACUCUGUCUCUCCUCCUUUUCUCAUGGAAGAAGGCCAGGAGAUGGGGUCAGACGCUCAUGUUAGAUUACCAGAGGGGGAUGUAGGGGAAGAGGGCAGCACAGGGAAGGGGGAAUCACUGGGUAUGGAGGAAGGGGAGGGUUCGGCAAUGCCUCCUCCAAGGUUGUUCCGCGACCCCCUGCAGGAUGACACAGGGCUGUUUGUGGCAGAGCAGGUGGCAUCAUCUGAUGACCGCCUUAAGUCUAUCUCUGCUGUCUUCAAGCAGGAACUUAAGGACAUCAUCCUGUGCAUCUCUCCUUUCAUCACAUUCAGAGAACCGUUCCUCCUUACCCCUGCUGGCCUGCAUUGCCCCAGCAGGGACUAUUUCCCUGAACAGGUCUACCUGUCCCCACUCCUUAACAAGGACUUGAAGGAGCUGGAUGGACGCAGGAAGCGGCAGCUGCUCAAAGACUCAACCCCUUCCUCCCUGACUGGUGGCCAGGCCAAUGGCAGCCCCCCACCGCGGCCAUUCGAUGUCAUGCCCUGUCAUCGCCUGACUGGCACCCGCAUUGUAGAGCAGCUGAACAGCAGCCAUGAUCUGGCCAAGAUGCUGGCAGACUACAGAGCCAAAGGAGGCCGCAUUCGACAAAGGGAGACCACCGAUCCCUACAGUUCUGCUGGCUCUUGGGUCACUUCUACUGGUCAGACAAGGAUGGCAGAACGGGAGCAAGAAGUGCUGGUCAGGCCACCGGUGAAGGCUGACAGUGAAGAGGAGAAGCCAGCUGGACAAAAUGAUAUGGGCUGGGCCACCAAGCCAACAUUGGUCUCAGACCAGUGUGAUCUGUUGGUGACAGGCGGAGCCCUCCACCACAUUCCUGAUCUGAGAUCUGUGAGGGACACUCUGGACUGUCUGAACCCUGUUAACCACCAGAGACUGUGUGUGCUCUUCAGCAGUUCGUCAGCGCAGUCCAACAACGCCCCCAAUCCGUGUGUCAGUCCUUGGAUUGUCACAAUGGAGUUUUAUGGCAAGAAUGACCUCUCUCUUGGUGUAUUUUUGGAAAGAUACUGUUUUAGGCCAUCUUACCAGUGCCCCAGUAUGUUCUGUGAGACUCCCAUGGUGCACCAUAUUCGGCGGUUUGUGCACGGUAGUGGCUGCGUGCAGAUAGUGUUGAAGGAGCUGGACUCUCCUGUGCCUGGAUAUCAACACACGAUUCUCAACUAUUCAUGGUGCCGCAUUUGCAAACAGGUGACACCAGUGGUGCCCCUGUCCAAUGACUCGUGGUCCAUGUCAUUUGCCAAAUACCUGGAGCUGCGCUUCUAUGGCCACCAGUACACAAGGAGGGCCAACGCUGAGCCCUGUGGACACUCCAUCCACAAAGACUACCACCAAUACUUUUCCUACAACCAGAUGGUGGCUUCCUUCAGCUACAUCUCUGUGAGGCUGCUGGAGAUUUGCCUUCCUCCACCCAAGAUCUUUAUAAGGAACCUGGGGCCUUCUAAAGCCAACAUGCAGCAGGACCUCAAGGACUUCUCCCAGAAAGUGACUCAGGUGUACCUGGCCAUAGACGAUCGCCUCACUUCCCUGAAGACAGACACUUUCAGCAAGACUCGAGAGGAGAAGAUGGAAGACCUGUUCGCCCAAAAAGAUAUGGAAGAGGCAGAGCUGCGAAGCUGGAUCGAAAAGUUACAGGCUCGACUGCAGUCCUGUGGUCUGGACUCUCCUCAGCAGCUGCAGGCUGUUCUGGAGUCGGUGGUGAUGAAGAAACAGAGCCUGUGUGAGACUCUGCAGUCCUGGAAUAGCAGACUGCAGGACUUGUUCCAGCAGGAGAAAGGCAGGAAGCGUCUGUCUGUCCCUCCCAGCCCAGGCAGGCACAGACAGACGGCCACUGAAGACAGCAAGACAAGCGCCUUGGAUUCCUCUCCUCGUAACCCCUCCCCUGUUGUGCUGAACGGUGAGAAAGAGGACCGUCACCUCAGCACCCUCCUGUCAGGCCCCUCCUCUGUGCUGCCAUCGCCAGGGGAACCGAGUGCUGAACCAGUCACCUCUGGCCCCUCCUUCCCUGACCAGGACUCUGUCAGCAUCCCAGAGGAUGUAUUUGACGGUCAUCUGCUGGGCUCCAGUGACAACCAGGUGAAGGAGAAGUCCACCAUGAAGGCCAUCCUUGCCAACUUCCUGCCUGGCAACAGCUACAACCCCAUCCCCCUCCCGUUUGACCCAGACAAACACUAUCUGAUGUAUGAACAUGAGCGGGUUCCCAUCGCGGUGUGUGAGAAAGAGCCAAGUUCCAUCAUCGCCUUCGCACUCAGCUGUAAGGAGUAUAAGACGGCCCUGGAAGACCUGUCCAAGGCAGCAAAGGCAGGAGGAGAUGAGACACCACAGACCAUCAGUGCCGGGGAGAGUCGGGCUAAGAGCAGCCCUGCCAAGCCCAACGAGUCUGCCUCAUCCCAGUUGGGCCGCAGCAGCAUGGAGGCCGAUCCCCUCAAAGAGUCUGACUUGGUGGACAAGCAGAAGAAACAAACUGCAAAUCCUCAUAUUGAACUACAAUUCUCUGAUGCUAAUGCCAAGUUCUACUGCCGGAUCUACUAUGCCGAGGAGUUUCACAAGAUGCGAGAGGAGAUCAUGGAAAGCACAGAGGAUGACUUUGUCCGCUCACUGUCCCACUGUGUCAACUGGCAGGCUCGCGGUGGCAAAUCUGGAGCUGUUUUCUACGCAACAGAAGAUGAUCGGUUCAUCCUGAAGCAGAUGCCCCGACUGGAGGUCCAGUCUUUCCUCGACUUUGCUCCUCACUACUUCACCUACAUCACUGGAGCUGUGCAACAGAAGCGGCCAACUGCGCUGGCAAAGAUCCUGGGUGUUUACCGGAUCGGCUACAAGAACUCCCAGAACAACACAGAGAAGAAACUGGACCUGCUUGUGAUGGAGAAUCUUUUCUAUGGACGCAAGAUGGCUCAGGUGUUCGACCUGAAAGGUUCUUUGAGAAACCGCAACGUAAAGACGGACUCAGGGAAGGAGAGCUGCGACUUGGUUCUGCUGGACGAGAACCUUCUGAAGCUGAUCCACGACAACCCGCUGUAUAUCCGGGCCCACUGCAAGGCCAUCCUCCGAGCCGCCAUACACAGUGAUGCCUACUUCCUCUCCAGCCACCUCAUCAUCGACUACUCACUGCUGGUGGGGCGGGAUGAUGCUACUGAUCAGCUCGUGGUUGGGAUUAUAGAUUAUAUCAGGACAUUUACCUGGGACAAGAAACUGGAGAUGGUUGUCAAAUCUACUGGGAUCCUGGGGGGACAAGGGAAGAUGCCCACAGUGGUUUCUCCGGAGCUGUACAGAGCUCGUUUCUGUGAGGCCAUGGACAAAUACUUCCUCAUGGUGCCAGACCACUGGACCGGCCUGGGCAUCAACUGCUGAGAUGCUCCGAGCCGCUGCAGUGCGUGCAUGUCGAAGCUCGCUAAUAUAAAACAUAAAUGCACACACACUUUCUGGAACACAAACACGGAGGCACCAUCUGUGUCUUCCUGCACACGAAAACCCAUUUCCUGGACACAAGGAAUUUCCACACCCAUUUGGGACCCGCAAGCACACACUGGACUGUGUAAACAUUUGAAUAAUAUGCAAACUAAAGUAUUGCCAGUGUACAGGUCAGUAUCAUUCCGUAGUACAGUGCCACUCUGCCGUCGCAGGAUUACUGUUGAGUAUCUGUUUUUAUGACUAGGGAUCUGUUUCAGUGUUAUGAGUUUAUUUAUCCCCCUCUGGAAUCAUGACGUGUUUUAACAGAGGGUUUGUUGUUUUAUUCGUGCCAUGAGUCCAGCUUUUUCAAGGAGACCUGCAGUGAGAAAGCACUGAGAAGAGCAAAGAAUCUUACUGUUAGUUUGGUGGAUGAACUCAUUAAUGUAAUUUAAAGUUUGUAAAUAUACAGAGAUUAUGUAACUAAAAAAAAUAUUAACACUGCUUUGUCAAAGCUUUUGACUCUCAUUUUUCCCCUGAGUAAAUAAGGCAAAGAAAAAUGAAUUAAACCUGAAAACUGUCAACAAGGAGAAAUGUAUUAGAAAUGUUAAAUAAUUGUUAUUCACAAGCAUUUAUAGUAUUUUUAUGAAUUUUUCUGGGGCAGUCUAUCUCCCUUCCUAAGUACCCCAAAUAAAUAACUUUCCCUGCCUUUGAUGAAAAUUAAUUUUGUAAAACAUUCCCCUCUACUGGAAUUUUUGACACUAAAAUUAGCCAAACUUGGUGUGCCUGUGAGUAAAACAUGAAAUGUCUGUAUUGAGACUGUGCCCCACUCAUUAAGCUCUGUGGCAAGAAUAUGUGAAUUGACUGGUGAGGAUAAAGCAAAGAAAUCCCCAUAAAGAAGACAUA